AUGUCUGAUCAGUCCCGACAAAAGGCAACAGUGUAUGUGGGUGGCCUCGACAACCAGGUCAAUCAACAAACACUUCACGAUGCUUUCAUUCCAUUUGGCGAAAUUGUCGACGUAUCGCUGCCAAAGCCAGAAUUAGCGUCGUCAACAGACUUCCAUAGGGGCUUCGGCUACGUAGAAUUCUCCCUACCAGAAGAUGCUCGCGAGGCAAUCGACAACAUGGACCAAGCCGAGCUUUACGGCCGCGUGAUCAAAGUCAACCAGGCGAAACCACAAAAGGAUCCUAACGAGACGCUGGGUAGUCGGACGGCUGUUUGGGAGCAGGAGGGCUAUGCUAGCAAGUACAAUGUCGCUGAGGAGGGCGACGCAGUCGAUGAGCAGAGGGGUGAGGACCCGAUGCAAGGACUGGAAGGUCUGGCAGAAGCUGGACCGCGCCAGCAAUGA